AUGGGGAAAACGAACUUUGAUACUGUUCGUCGCCGAGCUGCUGUAGACAACAGUACUUGUGGCAGUGGUCCUUCAAAAAGGCUAGAGACUCGCAUAUCCCUUUCAUCAUGGAAUAGUGAACUUGCGCCUAUCAGCAAUCAUCCAGGAGCAGACACCGUCGUCGCGACAAAGAAGCUGCAGGCAUACCUUGAACGAUCCCGAUCGGACUGUAGCAAGACUACACUGUUUGCCUAUUUUCGAGGUACACUUGUUGGUCUCUAUUCGGGAUCUCAAGUUGACCAGCGCAAGACGUUGGAAUCUCUGACUCCAACCCUCAAUGAUGCGGUUCAAGGUGGCUCCAACACUCGUUUUGCUAUUGAAGCCUGUGACAAGGGCCCUGCCAGUGGUGUGUUUGGCAUGGUGGCUGACCCUACCGGUGACUUUGCCGCAGUUCAGGCUGUAGUAAAGUCUUGGAAUCAAGGCAAAUGUGUUGCUGGCUCCCACGACAGCAAAAUCAACAAGCUUGAUCGAGGCUCUGCCUGGGGAUAUGCAAUAGCACCCAGUACUCGACGAACCUCUCCAAGCCGCAAGGCAAAGGUCCAAGCAAAUGGAGUCUGCGCAAGCUACGAGACUAUAAUGGGAGACAUCUGCGACACAAUUGCUGCGGCUCAUGACAUUUCAGUCGACGAUCUUGAGAAAUGGAACACAAAGACUUGGGGUUGGGAUGGUUGCGGCAACUUGAACCCAUUCGUGAGAAUUUGUGUCAGCGCAGGAAAUCCGCCCCUGCCUGCUUCAGUAUGGAAUGCCGAGUGCGGACCGACUAGGAACGACACUGGGCCUCCAGGAGAAGGUGAAGACUUGUCAUCUUUGAACCCGUGUCCCCUCAAUGUAUGCUGUAAUAGAUGGGGUAUGUGUGGAUUGACAGAUGAGUUUUGCCUCAAGUCAAAAUCCAAUCCAGGCACAGGUCAGCCAGGAGAGGCUGGCUGUAUCUCCAAUUGUGAGCGGACACUAACAAACAACAACAAAGCCCCUGAAAAGUUCCGUAAGAUUGGUUACUUUGAGGCAUGGAACUACGACCGGCCUUGCCUCCAUAUGCAUGUCUUGGAUAUCGACAAGUCAUACUCACACAUUCACUUUUCAUUUGCUGAAAUCUCGUACAAUCUAGACGUUGUUAUUCCCGAAAACGUCCAAGAGCAAUUCCAUUCCUUCAUCGAGACAACCGACAUUUCGGCCAAGAAGAUUCUUGCAUUUGGAGGGUGGGCGUUUUCUAAUGAGGGGACUGGCACAGGUCUCUUUCGCAAGGCUGUUUCCCCUAGUAAUCGACAGGCGUUUGCAAGCCGUGUUGUGCAAUUUGCCACUGAAAAUAACUUGGAUGGCGUCGACUUCGACUGGGAAUAUCCGGGUGCCACAGAUAUUCCCGGAUCUGACCCGGGACAGAAGGACGACGGUGAGAACUAUUAUCAGUUCCUCAAGCUUGUGCGAGAGAAGCUUCCCAAAGACAAAUCGCUGUCUAUCGCAGCUCCAGCCUCGUUCUGGUAUCUCAAGAGCUUCCCAAUCAAAAAGAUGAUCAGUCUUCUAGAUUAUGUUAUCUACAUGACAUAUGACCUGCAUGGACAAUGGGACGUUGGUAGUAAGUGGGUGAGUCCAGGUUGCCCAGCUGGAAACUGUCUUCGUUCUCACGUCAACUCCACCGAAACACUGGAUGCCCUCAUCAUGAUCACGCGAGCUGGAGUCGAGUCCCACAAGGUUGUUGUUGGUGUCAGCAGCUACGGACGUUCAUUCAAAAUGUCCAGUUCUACUUGUCGCGGCCCUCAGUGUACAUUUCUGGGAGGCAGAAACGACUCCAAAGCAAAGAAAGGUCGCUGUACCAACACUGCCGGAUAUAUAUCCGACUUUGAAAUCAACGAAAUUAUUGCUAAAGGAGGUGCUAUCAAGAAAUGGUAUGAUGAGGCGACUGAUUCAGAUUAUCUCGUCUACGACGGAGACGAAUGGGUCGCCUACAUGUCCAAGGUGACCAAAUCUCGUCGUAUGAGAGACUACAUGAAGCUCAACUUUGGCGGAACGACGGACUGGGCUAUCGACCUUCAAGGCGAUUACGAUAAGCGC